CUCGCCGUGUCGGUGGGGUUUGUUCUCCGUUUCAGGUAACGGGUUAACAGGAUGAUCCACUUGGUCCAGCAGCGAACUUCAACCAUGUGUCUGAAUCUUGGCUCACAAAAUCUCACGAUAUUAACUCCGCUCCUGCCGCCUGGUUGGUCUUUUAGCCAGGUUCUCCGCCGGCGGAGUGUGAAGGAGUGGACCGCUGACGGCCUGAGGAUGCGGUACUGCAGCACCCGCGGCGGGGUCCAGAACCGGGACUUCAGGGAGGUUCUGUUCUCCGGAUUCGCUCCGGAUGGAGGGAUGUUCAUGCCGGAGACGCUGCCUGCAGUGAGUCCAGAGACGCUGCGGAGCUGGACGGGCCUGCGGUACCAGAGGCUGGUUCUGGAGGUCGCUGCCCUGUUCAUCCCAGAGGAGCUGAUCCCCAGAGGAGACCUGGAGGCCCUCGUAGCUGAAGCCCUCUCUGGGUUCUCGGUUCCCGACUCGGUCCGGAUCGCCCGGCUGAAGGACGGCUUGUCGGUUCUGGAACUUUUCCAUGGAGAAACUUUGGCGUUCAAAGAUCUGGCCAUGAGCUGCACCGUCCACUUCCUGAACUACUUCCUGCGGAGAGACGGCAGCCGAGCCGUCGUCCUGGUUGGAACUUCAGGAGACACCGGCGGUUCUGCCGUCCGCAGCGCCCGCUCUCUGCCGGGUCUGGAUGUUCUGGUGGUUUUCCCUCGGGGCCGGAUCACGGCGGUCCAGGAGAAACACAUGACGUCCUGCCUGGAGGACAACGUCCACGUGUUCGCAGUGGGCCUGCCGCUGAAGCUGGUUGCCAUGGUGAACGCUAACGACAUCGUGCAUCGGACUGUAACCAGCGGCGAUUUCUCCAUGGCGCCCAGCGUCACCCAGACUCUGGCCCCGGCCAUUGAUAUACAGGACCCGUACAACAUGGAGCGGGUCUUCUGGCUGCUGCUGGACCGGGACGGCGCCGCCGUGAAAACCAUGAUGGAGGAGUUCCAGCGUUCGCAUCGCCUGCGGCUGCCAGAGAACCAGCGCAGACUGCUGGCCGAGGUUCUGGUGACCGGCGCUGUGAGCGACCCGGGGAUCCUGGAGACCAUGAGGCGGUGCUGGGAGCAGAACCGGUACCUGCUGUGUCCGCACACGGCCGUGGCCGUCUGGCACCACUACAACAGAACCCACAGCCCGGCCAGAAACAGAUGCUACGUCGCUACGGCGUCUCCAGCGAAGUUUCAGGCGGCGGUGGAGAAGGCCGGUCUGACCUUUGACCCCCCUGAGGCCGUGCUGGCUUUGGACCAGUUACCCACCCGGUACCAGAACCUGGAGAGGAGCGCGGACUGGUGCGAGGACUGGGAGGAGCGACUCAGGGACUGGAUCCAGUUUGUGAGCAGAACCAGGAAGAACGGAGGAGUUUGUUACCCUGAGAACCCAUAGAGGACGACUUCCUGUCCCUCAGUGGACUUUGUCCUCACGUCGGACCUGUGAUGUCAUAAAACACCUGAUCAGAAAAUCCAGCCUCUGAUUAAACUGAUCCGGAGGUGAAGGACGAAUGCUGCAGAGCUAAAACUAAUUUACAUGUUUGGAUGAGAAACGGAAACAAAAAAUAAAAUCAUUUUAAUUCUU